AUGAGGAUGAGAGAGAAAAUGAGAAGAGGCAAAGUCAAUCCAGAAAUGUCUCAAGAGAAAUCUAGCUGGAUUCCAUCAUUUCAAAGCUAUGAAGUAUUCAACCAUAUGACUCUACAAUCAUUAGAUGGCUUUAUGAUAAUCGUGAGCACAGAUGGAGUGAUAAUUUUCGCAGCUGAAAGCAUCUUUUCUCUCCUUGGCCAUAUACCAGAUGAACUUGUGGGUAAAAACUUAUUAAGCCUUCUGCCUGAGGAAGAGAAAAGUGACGUCUCCGAAAAGAUUGCUUUCAAAUUUCCUUUAUCAAAUUCAGGGAAACAUAUUGAUUUUUGCUGUCAUUUAAGAAGAAGAAACGUUGAACGUGAUAGCAGCCCUUCUUAUGAAUAUGUGAAAUUCAUCCUGAGUCUAAGAGAUGUUUCUAAUGAGCCCCUGUUGCUCUUCCGUAGCUUCUUUCCCAGACAAUCCUAUGAGUCGUCUGCUACAAAUUUUCCUUUGAAGGAUCAGUUUUAUCUGGUGGGGACUGUUUGUGCCCUUAAAGCUCAAACUCUGCAGGAACUUUUCACUGCAGAGGAGUCCAAUAAAGAUGCCCUGCUGACACAAGAUUCGGAUGAGGAAUAUCUAUCUCUGGACCACAGAAGCAUUCAAGGCCAAAGAAUUUAUGGAGUAGAAUUCCUGAAGGCUGAACCUGCUGCUCCUGCCUCAGAAGAUCAAGUUGAUAUUGUAGCAGUCGAGCAGUAUGGAUCACAAGAAUCCAGUUACGAAAUUGAAAUAGAGUCUGAUACAUCUAAUGACUCCCGCAUCUCUUCCCUGGAAAGUAUAUAUGAAGUGCCAGCUACAUCAUCUUUGCAGAGCUUUGAAUUUGAACCUGAGGUGGAAUAUGUGGAUUAUAUGGAUGAGGUGGAGGAGGUGGUUGAGGUGGUUGAGAUGGAGCAAGAGGAUGAGGUGGACCAGGUAGACCAGGAAGAUCAGGAUGACAGUGUGGAGCAGGAGAUCUUCUCAUGUUCCAGUGUGAUUACUGACAUCAGUGAUGAGUCAUUGCAAAUACCACCGUCAAUUGUAUCAUACAUCAACAGACGUGAGCUGACACUGAUGAAGAUGUUCAGUGAACAGCUGGAGGAGAAGACUCAGAUGCUGCAGGCUGACAUCAGAAGCCAGAGGGAUGCACUGGAGAUGUUGACUGAGCAGCUUCAGGCAAUGCAGCAUUGCAAGCUUCAGAUGCAGCCAUCCACCUCACGCCCCAUUGACAGUCCUGGGCCCCAGUCUUUGGAGCCGCCACCGAAGAAACAAUGCACUGAACAGAUGAAGGGAUCCUUUUCAGAUCUCAGGGAGUCCACACGUCUCUGUGGUUCAUCGCCUGCUCUCAAAUUCCCUGAGGAGCUUGAGGAGCCCUCUGCUGCCUCUAUCCAGCAGCACCUUCAGGGGCAGGAGCAAUACCUGCAGCAGCAGGAGCAGCAGACACAGGAGGAGAGGCUGCAGGAGCAGCCGCAGGAACAGAAUGCCACUGUGGAAAACCAGACGCUGCAACUGCACAUGCCAAGCCAAACUGGCCUCUCUGUGCCCCUCUGUGGUAACACUGUUAUAUUUAUGCAGAUCCCGCCUAUGAUUGUUCCCAUCCAACUAUUAGCAGAGCAACAGCCCUCUGGCUACAAUCAAGAUGAAAACCCUGGAGGCCAGAAAGAUGGGAAUCAUAGUUUCCUUCCUGAGGCCCAGCAGGGGCCCUGCAUGAGUCCACUGCCACUGCCACACAGCCCGGGCUCUGAGAUGCUUUCUUCUACAAGCUUUCCUCAUUCUCCCAUAAGCUGUGACUCAAAGUUAGUCACCCUGAAGACCCCGCAGGAUUACGUCCAACUUUGGCCGCAGCUGCAUGGUUCACGGCGUCACCUUUCCCUCCGAGUGAAUACUUGGGCUCCUAGUGAGCAGGCCGUCCAGCAGGACCAGGUCACCUGGGCACAGAAAUCAGCUACUGAAGGAGAAGACCAGGGCUUUCUGGGUCUAGAGACUUUCUCUGGGCCAGAGAGAAUCAGCUACUUCAUGUCUGUAGAGCAGUCUGACUUGGAUGAGCUGGAAGAGUAGCAGCGCCAGGAGGACUUUCAUGAAGCCUUGAGAGAAGAAUGGGAGAUGGGCUGAUGAGGCUGUGGGGCUCACAGAGCCCCCAGGAGUAAGGGGUGGGGGUAGAUAGUUACUUUUCUUUCCCGAUGAGUUCUUUUUGUAAUUGUUGGCCGAGCACAACCUGUUUCUUGAAAGUUGUGUCACAAAGGCAGCCCAUGAUCUCCAUGAUCCCUAGUGUGCUAGUGUGACUGCAGCCCAGCCACAGCGGGUGACCGCUGUCCCCAGCCCCCAGCCGCCACUCAGCCUUGCACACACCUAUCCCACCAUGGGCAGCUGGGCUGCAGAAUCUGCUCAAGUUAAAACACCUUUUGUCUGCCAAUAAAUAUUUUCCUGCAUGGAUUGCAAUCUAGUAAGAAGCUGUCCUGUCUUCAGCUGCAAGAAUUCUGAGGCCUUGGCCUUGGGGACCCAGCACCUGCUCCACAGUCGUGUUGGGGAACCCCCUGGGGGACAGUAGCCCACCUGUGGGAAGCUGAGAUCAGGUUAACUUUGUGCUAACAUUAUCACAGCUUCAUUGCUUAAUAAAAAUUG